UAAAGAAAUAUGGAUAUUAAUUAGAAGAGAAAAUUAAAAGUCAAAACAAUAUCUCAAUAAGUAUUUGAGCUUGAAGUCAACUAAGAUGUAUUAAAAAUAAAAAUAAACUUAGAUUACGAUUGCAGACCUGAAAAAAGAAAUUUUUACUAAAUCUUAAGUUCCAAUAGAUAGAUAAAGAUUGAUCUUUUUGGGAAAGGCUCUUUAAGAUAAUCAGAAAUUAAAUGAAAUAAGUAUUUAACAUUAUAAAACAAUAAGUUAAGGAAGAUGAUCAAACAAUUCAUUUGAUGGCAAUUACUAAUCCCCAAUCAACCCAAUAAUAACCAUAAUAAAAUUAAAAUCAAUAGUAAUAAUAAUAGAGAUUUUAAUUUAUGCCAGGAAUCUAAACAACUACAUAAAUACAUAUAGGAGCAGGAGGUAAAUUAUUAUUAAAUUCUACAUUAGAUGGUUAACCCUUUAUGCCACCAGAAUUAGCGAAUAUUCUAUAGAUGUUUGGCCCACCAAUAGCAAGGCCAUCAUAAUAAUAAUAGUCUUAAUAACCAUAAACUCAAGCUACUUAAUAAACUGAAUAAUAAUAACAAUAAUAAUAAUAAUAGUAGUCGCAACAAUAAUAGAAUUAAUCUAAUUAAUCACAUUAAUCUGAACCUCGAUAAUAAUAAUAAGCACCAUAAUAAUAAAAUUAACCAUAACUAUAAUCAGUAACCUUAUUACCAAAUAAUGAUCAAUCUUCUGUUGGAAUACAUCUUCCAUAAGAAUAGAUGUAAUAAUUAAGUAGAUUAUUGGGUAAUUUUUAUUAAUCUUCAUUACUUGGAUUAGCAUUUUAAUUACCACAAAUGACUGAACAUAGAAAUAAUGUUACUGUUUUAGGUCAUUAGCUUAAUUAAUUAUGUUAUCUUCUAUAAAGAUCUCUACCAAUUUUAUAAAGAGUAUCUGAUCUUUUAAUGAGAGAACCUUUUUUGACUUCCGAAAAUGAGAGAAGGGAGACAUAAUAAUUAACUAGAGAUUCAGCUGCUAUAGUUUAAUCAAUUAACAGAAUGACUAGCGAUUUAUUUUCUGCUUUACUUAAAUUUUUAGUUCUUGGAAAUACUCCAGGAUAAUUUUAAUUAUAGGCCCCAAUAUAAUUAUUAUAGCAUAAUCAUCAUCAUCAUCAUCAUCAUCAUGGAGUAACAAAUGUAAGAAACUAAUAAUAAUAAUAAUAACAAUAGUAAUAAUAAUAAUAAUAAUAAUAAUAAUAAUAAUAAUAAUAAUAAUAAUAAUAAUAAUAACAAUAGUAAUAAUAAUAAUAGUAGUAAUAAUAAUAAUAGUAGUAAUAAUAAUAAUAAUAGUAGUAAUAAUAAUAAUAGUAAUAAUAAUAAUAACAAUAACAACCAGAAUAAUAGUAAUAAUAACAAUAAUAACCAUUACAAUAAUCAUAAUAACAAACUUAAUAAAAUAUUUUAAGCUCAUUAGGAUAACUUUUAAAUUCAUUCUCUUAAAAUCAAAACUUACAAUAAAAUAAUUAAUAAUAGAUUUAAAUAGAGUAAUAAGGAGAUCAAAUUAUAAUUGAUGCUUAAGUUUUAGAAAUUGAUGCAGGAAGUGAAUCAGAUUAAAAUUAAACAGGAAAUCAACAAUAAAAUAAUAAUCCUUUGAAUGCAAUUAAUAAUUUAGUCAAGUAUAAUUUUUGUUUCAUAUUUAGCAAUUUAAUUAAUUUAGAAUAAUAAUAAAAUUCAUUCUAAUCACAGUAGCCAUUUUAAGCUUAACAGUAACAAUAAACAUAAGCAAAUAAUUAAUAAUAAUAACAGCAAUAAAAUAAUUAAGAUUUACCAUAAUAAGCUUAAUCAAUGAUGUCAGGUUUACUAGGAAAUUUAGGAUUAGGAGGUCAAUAAGGUGGAGCUAACUUAUUUACUAUGACACUUCAUGAACUUAUGAUGUAAAAUUAUGCAAAUCAGAUGGAUGAAGGUGAAUUAGAAAUUUUAUAAAUAUUUUCAUAAGUCAAAGUAGGUGAUUUAAUGGCUGCCUAAAUCUCUGGCAAUUAUUCAUUUUUAGAUGGCCUAUAAGGAAAUAUUAAACAAAAUUUACAUAAUUUAAUAGGAAAAUUUGAAGGAAAAAUCGAGUUAAUUGAAAAAUUAGCCAACUCAUUUUUAUCUACAGUAGUUCCUAAAGGAAGUCAUUAACAUUUAGUAAUAGAAGGAUUUGACCCAAGAAUAACAGCAUCUGAAGCUCUUGUAAAACAUAUCAAAUAAUUUUUCUUGAUUAUUGAAAAAGACUAUACAAAUAGUGUUGAAAAAUUUAGCGAUGCAAUGAUUAGUCAAUUUUUCAAAAUGAUUGGAGAAACUGCUUAUGAAGUUUCAGAAGGAUUAGUUCACGGCCUUGAAGAUUACAAAUAGAUUAUUCAGUAAUAUUUAUUUUCAUAAGUAGAGCAAACUUAGAAGAUUUAUUAAGAAAAUCUAUUGGUCCUGAAAUUGCUGUAAUGUUUGGAGGUAUGCUAUUUAUGAUGCUUUGGAAUUUAGUUGAAAGAUCAUAUAAUUAACNCAAUAACAACCAGAAUAAUAGUAAUAAUAACAAUAAUAACCAUUACAAUAAUCAUAAUAACAAACUUAAUAAAAUAUUUUAAGCUCAUUAGGAUAACUUUUAAAUUCAUUCUCUUAAAAUCAAAACUUACAAUAAAAUAAUUAAUAAUAGAUUUAAAUAGAGUAAUAAGGAGAUCAAAUUAUAAUUGAUGCUUAAGUUUUAGAAAUUGAUGCAGGAAGUGAAUCAGAUUAAAAUUAAACAGGAAAUCAACAAUAAAAUAAUAAUCCUUUGAAUGCAAUUAAUAAUUUAGUCAAGUAUAAUUUUUGUUUCAUAUUUAGCAAUUUAAUUAAUUUAGAAUAAUAAUAAAAUUCAUUCUAAUCACAGUAGCCAUUUUAAGCUUAACAGUAACAAUAAACAUAAGCAAAUAAUUAAUAAUAAUAACAGCAAUAAAAUAAUUAAGAUUUACCAUAAUAAGCUUAAUCAAUGAUGUCAGGUUUACUAGGAAAUUUAGGAUUAGGAGGUCAAUAAGGUGGAGCUAACUUAUUUACUAUGACACUUCAUGAACUUAUGAUGUAAAAUUAUGCAAAUCAGAUGGAUGAAGGUGAAUUAGAAAUUUUAUAAAUAUUUUCAUAAGUCAAAGUAGGUGAUUUAAUGGCUGCCUAAAUCUCUGGCAAUUAUUCAUUUUUAGAUGGCCUAUAAGGAAAUAUUAAACAAAAUUUACAUAAUUUAAUAGGAAAAUUUGAAGGAAAAAUCGAGUUAAUUGAAAAAUUAGCCAACUCAUUUUUAUCUACAGUAGUUCCUAAAGGAAGUCAUUAACAUUUAGUAAUAGAAGGAUUUGACCCAAGAAUAACAGCAUCUGAAGCUCUUGUAAAACAUAUCAAAUAAUUUUUCUUGAUUAUUGAAAAAGACUAUACAAAUAGUGUUGAAAAAUUUAGCGAUGCAAUGAUUAGUCAAUUUUUCAAAAUGAUUGGAGAAACUGCUUAUGAAGUUUCAGAAGGAUUAGUUCACGGCCUUGAAGAUUACAAAUAGAUUAUUCAGUAAUAUUUAUUUUCAUAAGUAGAGCAAACUUAGAAGAUUUAUUAAGAAAAUCUAUUGGUCCUGAAAUUGCUGUAAUGUUUGGAGGUAUGCUAUUUAUGAUGCUUUGGAAUUUAGUUGAAAGAUCAUAUAAUUAACAUAAAAAAUCACUUGAAUAAUAAUAAAAUUUAAUUUAAUAAGAAGAAGAUUUAACAGAAGAAAAAGUAAAAAAUUAUUUAAAUUUAUUUCUAGUUAUUGAAAGAAAUUAAUGAAGCUAGUUAGGCAUGCAAAUAAAAUAAUUAAAUUAAUUUUACAAAUGAGUAUAAAAAAGGAGAUCCAGGAUAUAAAGACUUUGAUUGAUAUAAGAAAUUUGUACAAGG